AUGGAGAAGCACGUCGCUGCUGUUAAAAAGGAGUUUAGGACGGACGUUACCCUUAACAGGGUGACGAAAUUCGCCCGCACUGCACCACCUAAACUUCCGUCUGCCGCUAGACAGUACCUCCUCGACAAGCUCCCCAUUAUACAGUGGAUUCCACGAUACUCGCCGUCAUGGUUGCUUCAGGAUUUUAUGGCCGGCCUUACGAUCGGAGUCUUGCUCAUUCCUCAGGGUUUAGCAUAUGCUAAGAUUGCGACAAUCCCGAUAGAGAAUGGGUUGUACUCUUGUUGGGUUCCUGCCGCCGUGAUGGUCUUUAUGGGGACAUCGAAGGACUUAUCAACGGGACCAACGUCAAUCCUCGGCUUGCUAACAGCAGAAAUAAUUAGCGACCUGAAAAACGAGUACUCACCUGUAGACAUCUCAUCAGCCGUCGCCAUGAUGGUGGGAAUUUGGUCCCUCCUCAUAGGCUUACUUGGACUUGGGUUUCUCCUCGAUUACGUCUCAAUCCCCGUCCUUACAGGAUUCAUAUCGGCUACAGCCUUUGUCAUCGGGAUGGGUCAGGUGGCCUCGCUUGUCGGACUCAACGGCGGCCCGGACGGUGCCUUCAAUCAACUCGGCGAUGCCCUCAAGCGGCUCCCACAAUGGGACGGCCCAACCUGCGGAAUCGGAUUCGGGACGGUAGUUAUCCUUCUGAUACUCGAGAAGAUAGGCAAGAAAUGGGGCCACAAGCAUUUUGCCAUUAAGUACAUGGCGAGCAGUAGGGCGAUCAUCGCGGUGGUGAUUUUUACUUUGAUAUCCUACCUCGUCAACAAGGACCGAGACGAGUAUCUCUGGGGUGUUAGCGAAGUUGAUACCCAUGGAAUACAGCAUCCCAAGGCCCCAGGUGCUGUAUUGCUCUCCAAGGUUGUUGGUCGAUCUAUUGCACCACUGGUCGCGUGUACGCUUGAGCACCAAGCAGUCGGCAAGGCCUUCGCUCGCAGGAACCACUACACCAUCGACCAGACUCAAGAAUUCAACUACCUCGGCGUCACCAACAUCGUCAACUCGUUCUUCGGCGCGAUGCCUGUCGGCGGAGCUAUAUCUCGGACAGCUGUUAACUCGGAGUGUCAUGUCAAGAGCCCUCUAAACGGUGUCGUGACUGCGGGCUUCAUCAUCCUGACGCUAUACGUGUUCUCACCAGCCCUAUACUGGCUUCCUAAAUCCACCCUCGCUGCCAUCAUUAUCAUGGCUGUCAUCCACCUCUUCGGCCCACUCUCCCUAAUCUGGCGAUACUGGCGCAUAUCCCUCGCCGACUUCAUUGCCUGCAUGGUAUCCUUCUGGGUCACCAUCUUCGUGUCGGCCGAAAUCGGCAUCGGUGCUGCGGCAGGUUGGAGCGUAGCCUGGACGCUCCUGCGGUCCGCGUUCGCCACACCGUCGAUCCACCUCAACACUACCAUCAAUCCUAGCUCAAACUCAAACUCAAACAGCAACAACGAGCAACCAGAUUUCCCGCCCCUCCAACUCUUCCCUACCGUCACGACCACGACCCUCACGCAGCAGAUAACCGAGAACGUCGGCGGCCCAAGCAUACCCGAGGACACGGUCAUCGUCCGCUUCGCCGACUCGCUCUUCUUCCCGAACGCGAACCGGAACAAGGUCGCGACCCUCGAAGCGAUCCAGCUCGCGUACCCGUCCGUGCAGAACCCGCACUACAGCGCGGACGCCGAGCGCCUGUGGAGCGUAGCCGCGGAGCGGCGGCUCGAACGCCUGAGGGUGCAGCGGAACAUCGUCAUGAGGCAGAUGCCGCUCGCGGUCGUGGUCUGGGAUUUUGGCAUGGUGCCGUUCGUCGACGCGACGGGCAUCACGGCGCUGGCGGAGCUCAAGGACGAUAUACGCCGGCAGCUCGGCUUCGGGGUGCAGGUCCGCGUCGUGGGGAUGACGGAAAGGGUCAGGGCGAGGUUUGCGAGGGCUGGGUGGAAGCUGGCUGAUGUGGAUGGGUUGAUGGAUGAUGCGGCGGAUGUGGUGUAUCCUUCGCUUGAGAGGGCGAUUUGGGAUGAGAGGGAUCGGGAUAGCUUGAAGGGUGUUACUACGGAGAAGGCUUGAGGGGUUGGGAGAGGGUUUGAUGGGUGUUGCUUGUUUGUCGAUUUGGGGGAUUAGAUCUUUUGCAUUGAAUAUAAGAGAGUUUGAGUUUGUGCUAUGAAUAUGAUUGAUCUUUGCUAGGCCUGUAAAAUUCCAUAACAUUGAAGAUGGGAUAUGGUUGGUGUAAUAGCAACUUGGAUAAACGCGUAGAUGUCUUAAGAUAUUUAAUCAAGGUAUUUCUCACUGGGAUAUCUUGAAAUAUAUUAUCACAUGGGUGAAUUAGAAUUGCCUGCCUGAUAUUCACAGAAUAAUAUCCUUAACUCUAGGAUUUGGUGAUAAUAGCUUCUGAACACAUUUUAACAUGCAUAAGUGGUGA